AGGGGUUGCAAGAGCAGAUUGAUAGAUAAGAACACGACGUUUUUGUGGGAGCGAAAGAUAGCUUGAUGAAAGAAAGAAAGAAACUGCUGCACUUUUGUGGAAGAACUAGGUCAAAAGUGAGCUUUAAUCUAAGUCAAAUCGUGAUUCGAAAUUUUGAAUUCUUGAUAUCCUCAUCCAAAUAACAGACUUAGCACAACUAUGUGUGAAGAAGAGCCUUGAUGGUGGGAGUAGGAGGCCCCUCCACUCCCCCACUGUGGCGGCUGCGGCCAUGGGCUGCUAGUGUAGUCUUGGGGCUUUUACAACUAGGUAACCUCGGCCAUAAUCAUGUCAUCUGGGUCGCAGCUUCGCAUGCCGCCUUGUCGCUACAACGUGACUCCAGUUUGCUCACGAAGAAGCACGAGCGAUUGCUGUAUGAAAUAGCUGAUGAAGCAGGUAACCAAGGAGAAGACGCUAGUUACUCCAGCGAACGCGGCAGUAGGACGAGAAGUAAAAGAGAAUUACAGGAAGAAGAAGAUGACACCCAAGACGAUCGAACAACUUUUUCUUCACUUGCCCGUACCACGAAACGUACUAGCGCAGGCACGACUCAAAGACGAGCAGCAACCGCAUCCAAGACGAGCACAAAAGACCGCGCUUCUUCUACUGGAGAGGACAAGCAGACAACAAUCUUCGGCAGUAUCUUUACAGCAGAUCAGCUGGGAGAGCUCCUUCUAAUGUCGAGCAUCGGUGAGGCGGCGCCGGGACCCGAGUGCACAUUGGUUCCUGGUAUGUUUGGUGUGUUCGUGCAGGUUGCGCUUGGUGUCUUCUGUUUCUCAUCGCUGAUUGUGAAAUGUUAUGCGGAAGGAACAAGAAGUCUUCGUUAGUCUCUAAUUGUGAUGAUGACCUAUAAUCCUGUGCUGGAAUGCGAUGUCCAUCAUGGAUCCCCUCUAAGAAUCGCAGGUGGAGACUCCUCCGAUACGGCCUGGCAUCAUUUUCGCAAGGGAUUCCAGCAAGCAAAUCCGUACUUGUGCAGCUAGAUUCUUGUUAUUUUUUUCCCUUGAAGUUGUAGCUGAUCAUUGCUUGUUGUUGUCGAUCCUUCAACUUUCCCUGCAAGAACUACACUACGUUACUCUUCUACAACACUCACUCUCACACAACACAUCACCCAUCUACAGUCGGCGGUUGUUACAUGCACUCCCUAAACAUGCUGGCGGCUAUCAUAUUUGCGACGAAGCGAUCGGCAGGCGACGAAUGCGACUGGUAUUGGGUGAAUAUCAUGAUUGAUUGUACCCUUGGCACCUUGCUGAAUUGUUUCUACCUAAGGAGGACUGAAAGUUGGUUUGGUUACGAGUCAGGCGUCUAUGAAGACUCCCCUCGACUCGAGGCAGCCGACACUCAAGCAUUGAAUGGGGAAGCGGCAGGAAGCAGGUGCUGUAGUUCUGACUAAGAUAAGUAUUUAUUUGAUGAUGUUGUUCUUCUUGUGUGGACUCAUCUAUUUUGAAGACAGUAUCCAAAUUGACUGAUCUCAUAGUCAUACCAAAAGGAUCAAUAAUAAGCUCGCUAUCAACUACAGCAACCCCAACAACGCGCGUGACGUGACUGCAGUGAAGGAGAACUUCUGCACGAAGCUUCUACGAGCAAUUACUCCAGCCUAUCGGUUUCAAAUUGCGUGUUGGCUCUUGGUGCUCACGAUAAUGAAAAGCAGCAUGAUCAUCAUCUUUUUGAUCUUCGGCGAAUUGUUGGCUACGGUACUUCUAGUGGGAUGUUUGUGGAAAGAGAAUACCUAAAAGAGGAUGUGAUAGAAGAACGAUCAUGGGUAUCGGUGGAAUGUCUUUCUGAUUCUGGUGAUGUCUCCUCCCUUUUUCUAUCUUUCAUUGCAAAUGAACAACCCACCUGAAGCCGGAUGCAGUUGCAGUUGCUUCGGGGACUUGAUGGGCGUCCUCUUACAAAAUUACUCCAUAGAAAUACUGACUUUGAAAAGUCCUAGGUAAGCCUCCUUAUGAUUUGAUCGCGUCUUGUUCCUUGGAAACGCCUUCAUCGUCCAACUCUCUUACUUACCUCAAUCAAUCAGGGUUCUUCCGUCUUAAUCGAUGCUCUCUUCGGACAAGCGCAUAACCGAUUGAAACUGCUUUUCGUGAUGGUUUUCACGCCCACAGUAAUGAAUAUCUUUCAGUUUUGGGUAUCCGACAGCUUCCUCAUGGCCUCAAGGCAGCGAACCGAUCUACAUCAGCCGCUUGCAACCAGUGAGGAGAAUGCGGCGUAG